UCUCAUGAUGGCAACAAGCCCCAGCCAGGCUCUGCCCCGUCAGCACCCUACAACUGCCUGCAGGAGACCCCCAAACAGAAGCAGCCAGACCCAGAGUUGCUACCGGACAUGGAGCCGCCAGCCCCGUGGCAGCCGCCCCGCGGCCACCAGCGCCCCCAGGCACCCUGGCCCCUUCAGCCAUUCGUCCUCAUCGAAAACUUCUACCCUGCAGGCUUGCCUAACCCCAAGCUGGAGCACCCCUUCCAGGCACCCCCAGCUGUGGUGGCACCCGGCAUGCCCCGGGCCCCCCCCCCAGGUCUCCAGAUGGCUCCGUGCGGCUGCUUCUUCGACCCCCGCGUCUUCCGCAUAGAGUGGACCACCACCAACCUCCCCUCGCCAGCCACCUUCACACCCGUCACCUCCGCUUCGCAGCCCCGCGCUGCCCCACGGGGUCCCCAGAGCUGCGGGGCCCCCCCAGCCCCAGUGCCCCCCCUGCGGCUCUUCGUGCCCUAUGACCCUCAGGGGAGAGUGGCAGUCCCUGCCCCCCCGGUGCUGCCACCAUCCCUCCCCAGCUUCCAGCACCUGGAGGGGCAGCUCCGGCAGAUGAAUCUCUCCAGCACAGCUGUCCCCACAGGGGCACCCAUGGGUGGGGGCAUCCCCCUGGGCAGCAACGUCCCUGAGGGCAGCAGCAUCCCCCUGAAUGGUGGCAACCCUGCUGGUGGUGACGCAGCCCUGGGCAUCUCUGUCAUUCCUCAUACCCAAGCAAUGGGGGAUGCCCCAGAGAGCCCAGACAUGUCGCUGCCUGAGGAGGUGCUGCUGGAGGAGGCCAUGAGGCUCUUUGACUGUUCCCUGGGGGCAGGGGCGGGGAGCCAGGACAGUCCCAGCAGUGUCCCCAUACCCGAGGACCCCAGUGUCACCAACAGCUCCAACCCCUGCUACGACAUCAGCUCGCUCUUGCUGCCCGAGGAGAUGCUGUCCUCUGACUACAGCACCCCUGAGGCCUCCAACGCCAUCCUGAGCAUGGAGCACCUUGAGGAGAUCAGGCUGAACCCGGAGGAGCCGCAGUGGGACCUGCCGGUACUGCCGUCACCACAGGACAACGCGCUUCAUCCCAACACCACACUGGAAAAGCGAGGGAAAAAGCGGCGUAACAGAUCAUUGCCAAAAAAAGGCAGCAAGCGCAAAGCCUCCGCAACCAGCGCUGGGGUGGGAGGGCAGCACUAA